AAGUGACCGUGAGGAUGUUGUAGUCUGUACGCUGGGUUGAGGAUACAUUAUGUCGCUGACGGUAUUUUUACGGUUUCUGAGACAUUCUUUACAACAAUUGGAGUCCAGUUUAAUACAGACUGCAGGGUUGGACAGGAAUUUAGGGCCAGCUUUGGCAGUGCAUGGACCCAGCCUUCUUCCUCAACCUCAGCACAUUAGAGAUGAUGAAAGCUCUGAGCCAAGUUUCCUCGACAGUAUUUUCUGGAUGGCAGCACCCAAAAAGAGACGCACCAUUGAGGUGAAUCGCUGCAGAAGACGGAACCCAAAUAAACUCAUUAAAGUCAAGACAAACAUUGAGCCGUGUCCAGAGUGUGGGAACCUAAAACAGAAGCAUGUCCUCUGUGGGUUCUGCUACGAGAAGGUCCGAAAGGAGACAGCCAUGAUUCGGAAGCAGAUUGAAAUCAAGGAAGGCCGUCCUCACAACGCACCCACUGUGGAGACUGUGGUUCUGUACGAGAACGAAGCUCCUCGUGAUGUAGACAAGGAGAAGAGAAUAGUGGAGCGUAGCAGAAACCGCCCCUUCUGGUUUAAACUGUAACUUACCCUGAGAUUUUUUUUGUAUAAUAUCAUCAAUAUUAAAGUAUUGAAUCUGUUGGACUGC